AGCCAGCGAUCAGUUGAAGACGCUCAGUCGUGCGAGACAGUUGUGUGCGCGGCGGUGUGAAAUUGAACGAGAAGCUCGAGCCCAGAAUUCACAAUCGAAUCGGAGAUAUACUUCCCCUACAUAGCGCCAUAAACAGAUCUGAUUCAAACAGAAUGAAGUUCGUGAUAUUGCUGUGCGUGCUGAGUGCGCUGCUGCUGCAGAUUGAGGCCUCGCCGGUGCAGCUGCUCUCCAGGAGCGAACGGGCAGUGGCACGCCAGCAGGCGGUCAACAAUGAUGUGGCCCCAGCCGCAGCCCCCGCCAGCGACGAUGAUGAUGACGAUGACGAUGAGGAUGACGAUGAUGAUGAGCCGGAUCUAGGAGAUCUGAUCGAUGACGAUGAUGUUCUUUUGAUUUCGGGACUUUCAGAUGAUGAUGAGGAGGAGGACGACGACGAUGAGGAGGAGGAUGAUACGCCACAGGGACAGGCAGCGCCAGCGGCCACAGCCAGCGAUGAUGAUGAGGAGGAUGACGAUGAUGAUGAUUAUCUAGACAGGCUGUUCGAUGACAUCCUGGGAGAUGAUGAUGAUGAGGAUGACGAUGAUGAGGUCGCACCCGCUGCCAGUGCCCAGCAGAGCUCCGUUGCCGCCUCUCCAGCCCAGGCCUUGGAGGAAGUGGCUCCCGCUGCCGCCUCCUCGGUCAGCUCUGGCAUCUCCGAUGGCGUCGAUCUGCCCGCCGAGUCUGGCAACGCUGUGGCGGAUGCCGCCUCCGGCAAUGCCGCUGACGAUAUUUCUGCCGCAGCUGCAGCAGUCCCGGCCGCCUCCAGCAACAACGAAGGUUUAGCCGGCGGCGAUGACGACGAGGAGGCCGACGAUGAUGAGGACGACGACGAUGAUGAUAUCAUUGGGGACGAUAUCAUUGAGGCCCGGCGCGAAGCAUGUGACCUGAAGAACAACGUCAUCGACAUGUCUACGGACGCGUUCCAGGCGCGCCACAACCACUUCAUCGAUGCCAUCUUCUCGCGCAUCAAUCGCAUCGUAUCCGAUAAUUAUGAUCCCUUUGUGGUUCGUCUGGCCGGACGCUCGGCCACUCCCACCGUAGGCACUGCCACAACGGUGAAGGCCACCAGCAACAAGCACAAAGGCACCAAGGCCGGCGGACACAAGAAACUCAAGAACACACGCUCCGAGCCAAGGGCCAACGGCAGCAACGGCAACAAUCAGGCCAAGGAGGAGGAUGCCGGCAAAUUGCAGGAGCAAUUGAUGCAAUUACAGUCGGAGCUGGCCAUCAAAGCCAUCGAAAAGAAGCCCAGUGCCUCGGACCAGGCUACAGCCUCGUCUGCUUCUGCCCCGUCCACUGCCAUUGCCACUGAUUUCGAUGCACCCAAAGCGGAAGUGCGCACAGUGUCCGGUGGCAAAAGCGGCCAAAAGAAGUCCACUGCGAACGGUGCCACACAGAGCCACAAGCACAGCAACAACAGCAACAAAAAGACUGCAGUGAAAUCUGGCAACUACAAUCAACCGGCGGGUGCCAGCAAGGCCGGAGAUGUCGAGAAGCUGCAGAAGGCCGAGGGCAGUCUCUCGGGACUGGCCUCCCUCAAGCGGGUGGGCAAUGUGAAGGUGAUCAGCGAUGCGGAGGGACGCAACUCCACGAUCAAGGCCAAGUUUACGUUGGGUCCGUUGAUCCUGCGCGUGGAGAAGUCCUUCAAGCGCGGCAGCGUGAGGAGCGUGAAGAGUGCCACGGCCAGGACCAACGAGAUGAUCGGACGCAUCAAGUUCAGUGUGGUGGACGAUCGGGCCACCCUCAUGUCCAUCAAGGUGCAACAGCCAAAGCAGGUGGAGGUGGAGAGCAAGGACAAUCACGACAGAACACGCGAAUUCGUGUGGCGCCGCACGCCAAAAAUUGCCAAAUUGGUCAACGAGAAGCUCAAAUUGGCCGCCGAAUCGCUGUUUGCGCCGCAGGGCGUUGAGGUUGUGCGGCUCUAAAGGAUUCACAGGAUAGUGUGUCCUACUCGUUUCAACUGCUCUUCUUCUCAGCUAACUAAAUUGUAGUCUACGCUUUAGUGUAAUGUGCCUAAUUUAUUUAUUUAUUUAUUUUAUUUAAACUCGCUAUAUAUCGGCCCAUCUAUCGAUAAUAAAUGCAACUCUGACUAUGCAAA